CCCGUCUCAGUCUCCCAAAGUGCUAGGAUUACAGGCGUGAGCCACAGCACCCGGCCUCAAUCAACAUUCAUGAGUUAUUCCUUGUACUUACCCACAUUACAGUACUUACAGUAUGAUUAAUAGCUUAGCAUCUUGCGAGCACCGAACAGUGCCUGGCAUGCAGUAAGUGCCUGUUAAGCAGUGGCCGUUAUUAUUAAUGCAUCAGCAUGCUGUGAUAUAAACCAGGCUUCUGUAAGAGUGGGGAGGGGGGGCCUGGCCGGCAGAGGAGCAGGCACAGAAACGCACUCUAGGGGAAGGAGGUCCACCUGGAAAAGUAGGGUAUCUUUCUUUACUGACCCUGGAGGGCUGGGCCACUGGCUUAGGAGUGGUCGGCCGGGCGUACCUUUUCAGGACCUUACCUCCCCUUCCUCCGCCCCUCCUACCCCUGCCUUCUCUGGAGAAUGACUGAUAACUGAUCCUCACCAGCGAGCCAGUAACGAUAACAGCCAAGUACAGGGCUCCCUGGGGUGCAGAGCGCAGCCUUAUGUUGGAGAACAUGGGUAUUGGUGAAGGUGAGGGGCGAGUUCUAAAGGCCUCGGGAGCCGCCUGCAGCUCCAGGAUACUCACACUGUCGCGGUUACACAAUGACUUCUGAAACAAGAGGAGAAUCAGCGUUAUCUAGAACUUUCUCCCCUGACAGAACUUUCUCCCCUGACAGAAUGGAGGUAGCAGGUACCUGAAGCCCUUCUGAGAUGUUUUGGAGAAAGGAAGGCCCAGCCUCCAGGGACCACCCUCCAGGGCAGGACAAAGAGGAAGCCAAAAGCUGGACUCUGUGGCCCCCGUGGGCUCAUGGAGGGAGAGAGGCUGGGGCGGUAGGCGCUUGGUGGUGGGUACCCUUGUCCUGUGUGAUGUCCCUGCCGUCACCCUUUGGGGCUGUGGGAGGGCAAGUUGCUGCUGGCUGGUCCCCACUGCAGGCCUGGGAAGGCGAGCUAGGAGUCCUUCCUCACCGCCACUGCAUGACAGGCCUGCAUGAGGCCCCUGUGGGACACGGAGAACACCAUUCCCACCAGGUGGGGAUUGGCCCACAAGCCUCAGGACCCCUCCCCAGGAUUCUCUGAUGCACUCUCCAUCCCUGGCCUGGGUAUCCAGACAGCACCUCCUCCAGGAAGCCCUCACUGAUUUCCCUGGCUGAUGCCCACCCUCAGUGCCCCCACAGCCCUCCAUCAGGGCAUGGGUGGCUCUGGAUCUCCACUGCUGCUCACCUGUCUGUCCCUGGCCCUCAGCUGAUCCAUCUUACAACCCCAGCCCUGCUCCCACUCCAUGCAUCUCCUGUGCCUUGCAUGUAAUGUGAGCUCAGUAGCUAUACAGCAAGCAGUGAAUGAGUGAAUGAGCGAGUGAAUGAAUGAGUCCCCUGGCUGUCAGGGCUUGGAUCCCCAAGCAAGUGGGGGAGGCCUGCAAGGGUUAACCGGGAGCCUGCCUGUGGUCUGAGGUAAGCAAGGAGUGUAUUUGUUCAGGUAAAUAAGGAAGGAUUACUUAUAAUGGGAAAUCGGGCCCUGGCCAGCUCUUCAUCUCGCGGCUGUCUGACUUCCUCCCAGCACAUUCCUGCACUCUGCUGCGUCCACACUGCCCCGCAGACCCAGUCCCCCAAGCCUGCUGCCACCCCCCUGCAAGCCCCUCAGGCUGGGCCUUGCCACAGUGCCAGCAGGUAGCCCUGGGCUGGGGGUAGGGGACUCCCUACAGGCACACAGCCCUGAGACCUCAGAGAGCCACCCGUUGAGGGUGGCCAGGCCCCCAGUAGCCAACGCGAGUGCUGCCUCUGCCACCAGGCCUGCUGGCCUCUGGUUCUGCUGGGCCCCCAGAUGCCUGGCUGAGACACGCCAGUGGCCCCAGCUGCCCACACCUCUUCCUGGCCUCCGAAGUUGGUACUGCAGCAGACAGCUCCCUGGGCACCAGGCAGCUAACAGACGCAGCCGCCGGCCCGAACAGCAGCGGCAUGGGCAGCGCCAGCCCGGGUCUGAGCAGCGUGUCUCCCAGCCACCUCCUGCUGCCCCCCGAUUCGGUGUCUCGGACAGGCUUGGAGAAGGUGGCAGCCGGGGCAGUGGGUCUCGAGAGACAGGACUGGAGCCCCAGUCCACCUGCCACGCCCGAGCAGGGCCUGUCUGCCUUCUACCUCUCCUACUUUGACAUGCUGUGCCCUGACGACAGCAGCUGGGCAGCCAAGGCCCCUGGGGCCAGCAGUCGGGAGGAGCCGCCUGAGGAGCCUGAGCAGUGCCCAGUCAUUGACAGCCAAGCCCCAGGGGGCAGCCUGGACUUGGGGCCGAGCGGGCUGGCGCUGGAGGAGCACUCGCUGGAGCAGGUGCAGUCCAUGGUGGUGGGCGAGGUGCUCAAGGACAUCGAGACGGCCUGCAAGCUGCUCAACAUCACCGCAGAUCCCGUGGACUGGAGCCCCGGCAACGUGCAGAAGUGGCUCCUGUGGACAGAGCACCAGUACCGUCUGCCCCCUGUGGGCAAGGCCUUCCAGGAGCUGGCAGGCAAGGAGCUGUGCGCCAUGUCGGAGGAGCAGUUCCGCCAGCGCUCGCCCCUGGGCGGGGAUGUGCUGCACGCGCACCUGGACAUCUGGAAGUCAGCGGCCUGGAUGAAAGAACGGACUUCACCUGGGGCGAUUCACUACUUCGCCUCAACCAGUGAGGAGAGCUGGACCGACAGCGAGGUGGACUCGUCGUGCUCUGGGCAGCCCAUCCACCUGUGGCAGUUCCUCAAGGAGCUGCUGCUCAAGCCCCACAGCUACGGCCGCUUCAUCAGGUGGCUCAACAAGGAAAAGGGCAUCUUCAAAAUUGAGGACUCAGCCCAGGUGGCCCGGCUGUGGGGCAUCCGCAAGAACCGUCCUGCCAUGAACUAUGACAAGCUGAGCCGCUCCAUCCGCCAGUAUUACAAGAAGGGCAUCAUCCGGAAGCCAGACAUCUCCCAGCGCCUCGUCUACCAGUUCGUGCACCCCAUCUGAUGCCUGGCCUAGUGGCUGGCCCAGGGCCUGAAACCCGCCCCUAGGGGCCUUCCUCCUGCCCCAGCCAGGCCCUGCACUGGGGGAAGACGGGCAGUCUGCUCUGCUGCUCUGAACUCCCAGAGCCCAAAGUGAGGGAGGGGCGCCCCACUGCUCCCUGGGGAAAAGUGGGCCCUCUGGGGUCUACGGGACCCCUGGGCAGGAGUGCUGCUCUCCUGGAGGACAGAGGAACCAGGGCUACUGUCAGUGUUCACUGCUCACCAACAAAGGACCCUCACCUGCCUCUGACCCCAGCAUUCCCAGAGCAGAUCCUCAGAAGGGCAGGGACUCCUCGAAGGCCACAGGCGGUUCAGGGCUCUCUCUGCUCCAUCGCCCUACCUCCCAUUCUGCACCACACCCGGCAUGGUGCAGGGAGGUGUUUGCACCCCUGAGUUGGGGAGGCAGGAGUGCCCCUGGGAAUGGAUAAUAAAGAUACUAGAGAACUGA